GCGGCUUGGUUCCCGCUCGCAUGCUGGGGCUCUAAGGGGUCGAGCGGUUUGCUGGUUACGGCUCGCAGGGAGAAGGACGCCGGGGCUUUCCUUCCCUCCUCUGCCGCCGCCGCCAUGAUUCCGGUGUCGCUGGUGGUGGUAGUGGUGGGUGGCUGGACUGCUGUCUACCUGACCGACUUGGUGCUGAAGUCAUCUGUAUAUUUUAAACAUUCUUAUGAAGACUGGCUGGAAAACAACGGAUUGAGCAUCUCUCCUUUUCACAUAAGAUGGCAAACUGCUGUUUUCAAUCGUGCCUUUUACAGUUGGGGACGGCGGAAAGCAAGGAUGCUUUACCAGUGGUUCAAUUUUGGAAUGGUGUUUGGCGUAAUUGCCAUGUUUAGCUCUUUUUUCCUCCUUGGAAAAACGCUGAUGCAAACUUUGGCUCAAAUGAUGGCUGACUCCCCCUCUUAUUCCUCCUCCUCAUCCUCCUCCUCCUCCUCUUCCUCCUCCUCUUCUUCAUCCUCUUCCUCCUCCUCCUCUCUUCACAAUGAACAGGUGUUACAAGUUGUGGUUCCUGGUAUAAAUUUACCCGUCAACCAACUGACCUAUUUCUUCGCUGCAGUCCUCAUUAGUGGUGUUGUACAUGAAAUUGGACAUGGGAUAGCAGCUAUUAGGGAACAAGUUCGAUUUAAUGGCUUUGGGAUUUUUCUCUUCAUUAUUUAUCCUGGAGCAUUUGUUGAUCUGUUCACCACUCAUUUGCAACUUAUAUCACCAGUCCAGCAGCUGAGGAUAUUUUGUGCAGGUAUCUGGCAUAAUUUCGUCCUUGCAUUAUUGGGUAUUUUAGCUCUUGUUCUCCUCCCGGUAAUUCUCUUGCCAUUUUACUACACUGGAGUUGGGGUGCUUAUCACUGAAGUUGCUGAGGACUCACCUGCCAUUGGACCCAGAGGCCUUUUUGUGGGAGACCUUGUCACCCAUCUACAGGAUUGUCCUGUUACUAAUGUGCAAGAUUGGAAUGAAUGUCUAGAUACCAUUGCCUAUGAGCCCCAAAUUGGUUACUGUAUAAGUGCAUCAACUUUACAGCAGUUAAGCUUCCCAGUUAGAGCAUACAAACGGCUAGAUGGUUCCACUGAAUGCUGUAACAAUCACAGCCUCACAGAUGUGUGCUUUUCCUACAGAAAUAAUUUUAAUAAGCGUUUGCAUACAUGUCUGCCUGCCCGGAAAGCAGUUGAAGCCACCCAAGUUUGUAGAACCAAUAAGGAUUGUAAAAAAAGCUCAAGUUCAAGUUUCUGUAUAACACCUUCUUUGGAAACUCACACUCGCUUAAUAAAAGUGAAACAUCCACCUCAAAUUGAUAUGUUAUACGUAGGACAUCCACUGCAUCUUCACUACACAGUGAGCAUCACCAGUUUUAUCCCACGUUUCAACUUUCUGAGUAUAGAUCUGCCAGUGGUUGUGGAGACAUUUGUCAAGUACCUGAUUUCCCUCUCAGGAGCUCUGGCUAUUGUUAAUGCAGUGCCCUGCUUUGCUUUGGACGGACAGUGGAUUUUAAACUCUUUCCUGGAUGCCACCCUUACCUCAGUGGUUGGAGACAAUGAUGUCAAAGAUCUAAUAGGAUUUUUCAUCUUGCUUGGUGGCAGUGUACUUUUGGCUGCCAACGUUACCCUAGGACUCUGGAUGGUUACAGCACGGUAAUAUUUGCACUCAUGUGACAGAAUCUUUGAGUUACAGUAUGCAGCUAUGUGGUAAUAUCCAUUGCCAUUGAAAUCCUUACUUGGUAUGAAAUAUAAACUGUUCCCUUAAAACUACAUCGUAACCAACAACUUUGAGCUCCUCUUAUAUCCAGAGUACCCAAACUCUGCAGUGAGGGAUGAGCAGGAGAAUUAAAAGGCAUAGUCCCUCAUUGCAUUUUACUUUUACAGACUGAAUGUACACACUUCAGAUGCUUGUGGAACAAUUUCUAAACAAGUGCAAAUGUAUGUAAUACCAUUUUGUGUGACUGCAUAUCGUGUUGAAAUAAUAUAAAGGAGAACAGAAUUGGGUGGAAUUAAUCAUGAAAAACUUCUUGAAAAAGCAUCAUUAAUCAAGAUUUGAAGGAGACCUUCCACUUUGGCCAAGUGGAAGGAUGAGUGUUUUCUUGGCCUAUAUCUCUUGUCCUUUUCUUGUUUGAAAAGUAUUUUAAAACUUAAUGUGUAUUAUUUUAUAUUCUGAAAACUGACGUCUGGAUACAAUUAAAUUAGUAAGAUUCUAUAAAAGAAUCUGCUGACAUGAAAGGGAAAAUCUUUGUAACAUCAUGCCAAAUAAACAAACAAGAAGUAGGGCCUAUGAUAUCAUGAGGCGUGUUUUGCCCCACAAGAGUUGCCUCUUUGAUAAUGUCUCCACCCCCUCACAAAGCAGCACUAGCCUUGACAUUAAGAGUGAGCUGCAGGAAGUGUCUCACCAGCAGCAUGUGAGCUGAGGCAGUUAGGGUUGAACCUCAGAACUGAGCCUGGUCUUACAGACCACAGGGUCUUCAGCAGUCCUGGUUACCAUUCUUGAGAGAGUUUUGAAGCUUGGAACUCUUCCAGGGUAGACAUUUUCUCUUGUGCUGCUGAGGCCUUCUGGGGCCUAGCUCCUAGGUUCCUGUCUUCAAGAAGCAACAACCAAAAACCCUGAGCCAUACUCUGUCCUCACCAGCAGCUCCCAUGUUUCUCUGUGUCGGGUGAUUAAACACCUAGUCCUUGCUUUCCAUCUCUCCCCUAAGCUACCUCUGUGGGUCCGCAGAAGACUUGGUAGUAUAGUGAGAAUGGCUACACACGAGUACAAGUGUGGAUUUGCCAGAGCCUGGGAACUGACUUGAACCCAAAAGAGCCACACCUAGUUUGAGGUCUUGUCGAGUGGAAAUGCAGCCCUGGGAAAUUUUGGAAGUCAACAAACCAGUGUGAAGUUGUUGGUCUUAGAAGUGUAUGAACAUGCUGUCUCUGAUGAAAAAUACAUGUUUCUCUCAUACACUCAAAAGUGAUAAAAGGCAAUAACUCAUUAAUAGCCAUGUAGCCAGCUUCUUCACUCAGUGAGGCAUUCCAUGGGGUUACCUUUUUUAGAUCACCGAGUUGCUCUUUAAACACUAAAACUUUUUAAUCAUUUUAAGAAACUCUUUUUAGAUUGUAUUACAAAUUUGCUUUCUUAAAACAAAUUAUAUAUUGAAUAUAAUUUUAACAUUUUAUUAUUGACUCAGGUCAUCAGUUAAUACCAGUACUAAAACCAUACAAAUUAUUGGUUUAUCCCAGAAAGUAUGGCAUUUGUUCUAUUCUUAGGUAGACAGUCAUUCAGGAUCAAAAUGUAUUUGCAUAGUAACGUUAAGACCUGUUCAGGUAGUAGAGUUUUGGGAAUGCCAUGAACUACUUAUAUAAUUAAUUCAGUUACAUGAACUAAGCAAUUUACUAAUUAAAUGUUGUAUAUGUGCAAGCCAAUUUUUAAAAAACAAAAAUUUUUAAUAGAGGAAAUUCUAUUCAUUAACUUCUUUUUCUAGGUUUAAAAAAAAAAUCUCACUUUAUUUUAGCUGUUAAAUGUCUUGGUCUGUUGAUCUAUCGGGUCAGGGUUUGGGAACCACUCUACUAGGAAAUUGAGCAGAUCAGUACCAUUUGUAUAGAAGUGGCCUCAUUGUGGAAGAAAGGAAAUAUUGUUGUUUCUUCAGCUUGAUUGUGGGCACUUCUAGAGCAAGGACCAUGUCAUAUUUAUCUUUGCAUCCCUGGCACGGUGCAUGAGACAUCAAAAGUACCUAAUAAAUGUGGUUGAAUGGAUAAUGAUUAGUGUUAUUUAUGGAUUAGAAAAGCAUGUUUCUAUUUAAGUAAGCUAUAAAAAGUACUAUUGACUAUUUACUGUAAAUAUAUGUUAACAUAAAAAAAUAACCUGGUCUUGUGUCCCUGGUGUAUUAUCAUCUUUAUGGAAAGAAUCCAUUUUGGUUUCUGUAGAGUGAUUAGAAAAAUGAAUUAUUUUAAGGAUUUGAAGAAAGUGCUCAUUCUGUGUUGUCACUUUGUUCAACAGUAAAACUUUAUUCUGUGUUCCUACUCUGCAUUGUUUACAAGUUUGAGAGUUCUUUUUUUAAUCACCUACAAUCUUAAAAAUGUAUAUAUUCUUUUCAGCAUCUCAGUUUGGUCAAGCUAAAUUUGACCUUUUGAUAAUCACUCUUAUAGGUCAUUGUCUGUUCUAACAGCAAAUUGUAAACAUGUGCUUCGUAGAUAUGUGGCUCUCAGUCAUCAUUUUGUCCUAUGAUAUUUAUUGAAUGUCCACAUAGUAAUGGUGCACAGGUAUUUUUUUCUAUAAAUCUUUUGACUGUGUUGUAAUUCAUUCUUAAGCUUUAACUUGAAGAUAUCAUUAUUGCCAGCAUUUGAUGUUUAGCAAUAAAAGCAUAAAUGUGUACCAGCAUUUUAUGUUAA